GUUGUAUGAAGUAGCAACAUCGAGCUUUGAUAAUCUACUCAGUGACUUUCAAAAACACAAGCCUGAAGUCAAGCAGCUUCUUUACGCACGGCCACUUAUUGCUGAAGAUUUUGAACACCUGACAGAAGAGAGUGUUGUGUAUGCAAGUGGUGAUGCCAUAACCAACACACAAGGAAAUGUACGAGAAAGCUCAGAGGUGUAUUACACCAGCUUACCUCAGCUUGAAUAUAGAAGCACUUCUGCAAAUCAAAAUGGACAUUGCAUGCCAAUUACCCCUGCAACUUUACCGCAACACGAUACAUCUAAAUUACAUUCUGACCUGUCAAUGGUAGAUAGCUUUUGCUCUCCCCCAUCAGUUUUUAUAGAAGCACCCCCUGAAUCAGACCCAAUUGACACAGUUGAUGUUGCAAGACGUGUGAGGGAUGUCCUUGAAAGACAUAAAAUAAGUCAAACACUUUUCUCAAAAUAUGUAAUCAAACGAUCCCAAGGAACAACCAGUGAUCUCUUGCGAUGCCCAAAACAAUGGGAACGUAUGAGCGAAGAGGGACGUGUCCCAUAUCGUCGGAUGAAGGCUUGGUUGGAGGGUGACCUUCAGCAUAACUUGCAAGUUUUGCUUCGGAUAAAACAAGGUCUUGAUGUGCCAGCUCUUCCACCAAAAUGCAAUCGAACAAAAUUCUCAGAUGAACAGAAAGAAGCACUGGAAUCAUUUCUCUCACAAAACCCACGUCUAACACAUGAUACAUUGGAGCAGUUUGCAACUGAACAAAACUUGACUAUUUCCGCAGUGAGAAACUGGGUGAAUAACCGUAAACAGCGCAUGAAAAGAGGAUCGUCAACAGGUUUUGACGAGAGUCCAGGAAAGUACAUCAGAUUUGAUGGCUCUGAAGAUUUAGAUGAUGGUGGUUUUCCAACAAGACAGCAGGAAUAUGAUUCCUCAAGUAUUAAUGGAAUUGAAACUGAAGGUGUUCCAACAAUGGUCACUUCAGCACCAUAUAACCAGGAGAAAGUAGCUCAGUCAAGAGUUAGCACAGAAUUUGAAGCAACAAGAGUUAGUGCAGAGUUUGAUGCUUCAAGCUUUGAUGGGGUGAAAAAGCUCCGUUGUUGA